AUGAGCAGCAACGAUUUCCGUAAAUACGGUAAAGAAAUGGUGGACUAUAUUGUGGAUUACGUGCAAAAUAUUCACAAAAAACGUGUGGUACCGGCAAUAGAACCAGGAUAUCUACGUGAUUUGCUACCCGACACAGCGCCAUAUCACGCAGAAUCAUAUGAAGCGGUUAUCAGUGAUUUUGAAAAAUACAUCAUGCCCGGGGUAACAUUUUUUGGGUUCUUGGAAAACCCCUAG